CUCGACACCUUUUGCAGAAUUGAAACGAGAUAGACAUAUAUGUUUGAUCGUUGAGAAAAAAAGCGCGAGAAACCUGAGUGCAAAAGGUGCAGGUGAACCGGUUUUUCUCAUUGUUUUCGCUUUUCGAUGGAGAUGAGCAGAAAUGAGUAAUAAUAAUCUCGUGUGUGUACAUAUGUUGCACAUAAUUGUAUCAACGAAAGUAUUACACGUUCGAGCUGGAAUGUCAAACCGAUACGGAACUGUUGCGUUUCUUUGUUAGAUCAGAGUGCAUCAAAAAGAUUACAAAAUGACGGAAUUUGCGUGGGAUACCGAAAAUGCGGCAGCAGCAUGCUCGACCACGGACGAGAGCACGCCACUUUUGUCAGCAAGUGGUAAAAACACCAUGGCCGAGAAGAUUGGCAUCUCGCAGCAGACUUUGGUCUCCAACAAUGGACCGUUUGGCCAGGCUAAGAGGUUUCCGCAAUACGUGGCGGGUAUAGCGGCGACCCUCGGUGCCCUUGCUGCUGGUAUGGUGCUCGGUUGGACGUCGCCCGCCGGUAAAGAUGGUGUGAAUCUGAUACACGACUACGACAUACCGAUGACCCCGUCCGAAUUCUCCUGGAUAGGAUCGUUCGCCACCCUCGGAGCGGGUGCGAUAUGCGUUCCCAUUGGCAUGAUAGCGGACAAGAUCGGGAGAAAAUAUGCCAUGUUGCUCAUGGUAGUCCCGUUCACAGGCGGUUGGCUACUCAUCAUCUGCGCUAAGUCACUGACCAUGUUCUAUCUUGGUAGAUUCAUCACUGGGGUUGGUGGUGGUGCCUUCUGCGUGGCCGCCCCUCUGUACACAUCCGAGACAUCGGAGAACGAGAUUCGCGGCACGCUCGGCUCUUACUUCCAAUUGAUGCUCACGAUAGGCAUCCUGGCCUCGUACGUCCUCGGGGCCCUUAUUAACGAUAUGUUUAUUCUGUCGAUCAUCUCCGCGGUCAUGCCGCUAGUCUUCUUCGUGGCGUUCUUCUUCAUGCCGGAGACGCCGGUGUACUACUUGAAGAAAGGCAACGAGACAGCUGCGAGGGAAAGUUUGCUCAGACUUCGUGGCGAUCAGUACAAUAUCGAGGCUGAGUUGCAGGAGCACCGCGAGGCGCUCGAAGCGACCAGGCGGAGUGGAGUGCCGUUCUCGGCUAUGUUCAGUACCCCGGCCGUGAAGAAAGGCUUUAUAAUCGCCUACGGAUUGAUGCUCUUCCAGCAAAUGAGUGGCGUGAACGCCAUCAUCUUUUACUCCUCGGACAUCUUCAGCAGAGCCGGAUCCAGCAUCGAGCCUAGCAUAGCCACCAUCAUUGUAGGAGCGGUGCAAGUGAUAUCGGUUUUCCUCGGCACUCUCGUCGUCGAUAAACUCGGCAGGCGAGUCUUGCUGCUGGCGUCCAUCAUAGUGUUGUUCCUGACGACGCUGAUUAUGGGAGUUUAUUUUUAUUGCAUUGAGCAUACCACUGCCUUCAACAGUAUCAAAUGGUUCGCGCUUAUCCCGCUUUGCGUCUUUCUUAUACUGUUUUCUUUUGGUUUCGGACCGAUCCCGUGGAUGAUGGUGCCGGAGAUCUUUGCGCCGGAAGUAAAAGGGGUCGCCGGGAGCAGCGCCUGCCUGUUCAAUUGGCUUAUGGCUUUCAUAAUCACCAAAUUUUACUCCGACAUGGUUCUGGCUGUGGAAUCUUUUGGUACUUUCUGGAUAUUUUCUUUAUUCUGCGCCAUCGGUACCAUAUUCGUUUACUUCUUGGUCCCGGAAACCAAGGGCAAGACGCUGGACGAAAUACAAAGGGAAUUGAACCGUUGAUCAAGAGUUGACCAGAGAGAAACUCUUUUGAUAAGCAAAGAAAUAUUAAUUGUACAUAUUGAAGUACAUUAUUUUAUUAUUGUACAUAAUAAGUUUACAGUAUUUAAGUAAAACAACGCUUUGUAAAUUGAAUACAUCAUAUCAAAUUUAUAUAUUGAGAAAAAUGUUGUUAAUUUGACUAAAUUUUUAACUUGAGUAAAUUUCAUCAGUUUCAGUAUUUAUGCGUUUAACAAAAAUACAUAAAAUACUUGAAUUUCAAUUCAGGUAUUUAUACGUUUAAUUGAAAUACAUAAUAGAGAUUUCAACUGAGGAAAUUUAAUGAAAAGUUAAUGAAAAAUUUAGCCAAAUUAAUAACAUUUUUCUCAGCAUAUCAUAGCAAAGAAUAUAUUUGAGAAUGACCAUAAUGUCAUUCAAUAUUCAUAUUGUCAUUUUAUUAUAUCAUUAAAAUAUCUUCUUAACUCUUACAAGGAGGAUUUAUUAGUUGGAAAUUAAAAGAUAAAAUAUAUAUUUUCUUAAGCAAAUAAUGAUUGAUAAAAAAAAUAUAUUACCUCUUUUUAUUGCAAUUAUAUUAAGUAAUUAUAUC